CUAUUCAUGCAUUUCAAGUUGGGAGAAGAGAAAUUGGAACAGAUGGCGUCAGAACACUGCAACUGUGCCUUUGGAACUUUAGGUAGAGCGGACUCGUUGAACCAUUUGCUCCGAAGUUGUGCUAGCAAGAUCGAUGGCGGGGUAGUGCUGGGGACUCGAGCAGAAAUGCUGGUCUUAGAAAUGUUGCGGGAGAUCCGAGCGGUGGAAAUACUGCUUGGGGUUUGAGUAGAAACAUUUAGUUUGCUGGGGAUAGUAGAAGUCGAGGUAGCAGCAGUAGGCUCCUCGUGUGCUGUUUGCCUUCCAGUUGCUAGCUCACUUGUCUGCCUGCGCUGAUUCAAUGAGUAGCAGGUCGCCAAGAGAAGUAACGAUGCCAUUAGUAGUAAAAGCCCGUAGUGGAUCUUUUUUUUAACUGGCGCCAUUGCAGGGUACUGCCUAGUCUCGUUAUUGGCGCGG